AGUAUAAAGAUGCACCGCCGCCUCGUGGCCACUCUGGGUGGCACCAAUCAAAUGCAUUUUUUUUUAAUAUAUCCUAGGUCCAAUGGAAACAAAUAACGGGUAUGAAUGUUGUUACACAUACAAUAUACAUGCUACAUACCGGUUCAGUUGUGAAAACCUCAACAACCCCAUGGGAAUAUCGUCAAACCACCCAUGGUAGAUAUUAAAGUUAUUAUACUUCGUUAUUUAUUUCAGAAACCUACAAUGACCUGCCGACGGGCGCACAACAGUUCCGUUUGGUGUGAAGGCCUCUGUCUUUUCGGCCGGGGGGGGAGGGCUCUCCAAGCAGCCCUCCGGGUGUGUACAGUAGUAGUAGUAGUAGUAGUAGUAGUAGUAGUAGUAGUAGUAGUAGUAGUAGUAGUAGUAGUAGUAGUAGUAUAGGGCUACUUUGUGUCGGAAGCAGGCCGCGGAGAUGUGCGCACUCGAGAGCACCAAAUCUGUAAAACUUAGGAGUUUCGGGGAAACUAACAAAUACGGAGUUGCCGCCAAAGAUUUGAAAGAAUUGCUCAAAAAGGGUUGCAAGUUGUUAAAGAAGCCGAUGAAUUGCGCUCGGGUCUGCACGUACGAUGACGGGACCGAGCUGACGGAGGAGUACUUUAAAACUCUACCGCGUAACGUGGAGCUGGUGCUGCUAUCGGGGGACGAGGCUUGGAACGGAUUCAUGGAUGAAAUCGCUGGACUGCUGAGCAAAGACCGGACGUCAAGUCAGCUCCUUGAGGCGGCGAGGUAUUUCCGCUCCGAUGAUCGGUCCGCCAAGCGGCGUAAGCUGCUGGCAGACAGUCUGGUCGGCCUGGAGGAUCACUCAGAGAUGGAGAGCAGGGAGGACGACCAAGAGUGGUUUGAAGGCCUGCUCCCGCGUUUCAAGACCAAGUCGGCCUACAUGAAGUCCAACUGUGAGCGCAGAAUCCGGGGGUAUAUGACGGAGCUGGAAGUCGCGAAGAUCAGCAGCCAGAGCCCCAGGGUGAAGGAGGAGUUUGCCAAGACGGCGCGUGGCAUCACAGACCUCCUGAAGGCGGACAGGUACAACGGACGCUACUUCGACCGCAGCGAGGUGGAGGAGAAGAACCGCCUGUGUACCGCCCAGGGCUGGUUCACCUGCCAGGGGGCUUUUGACCAGGACCUAUGCAAGUCCCUCCACUCCAUCAAUCCCUAUGGCAACAAAGAAAGCCGGAUCAACUUCGGCACAUGGAACCUGGAUCACAGGAUCGAGAAGAAGAGGACGGUGAUCCCAGCGCUGGUGGACGCCGUGCAGAACCACCAGAGCAGCGCCAUCAACCUCACCUACUUCUACCGCCUGCUGUUCACCACCGACAACCUGAGGCUGGUGCACUUCGUGUGCCACAAGAAGGUGCCCCACCUCCUGCAGUGCGACAGCAAGAAGAUGUACAAGCGGGCCACCAAGACCCCCAAGCCCAAGACCCCCGGCAAGGGGAAGCGCCCUCGUAUUAAAUGAAUUGUUUAUUAAAGGGUGAAAUAACACCAGGUGUCGAGUGUGAUUAGCCGUUACAAGCCGUUUUCAAAAUCUCCCUCUACUGACAUCACAAGUGGGCAUGUCCACUACCAGCCUACCCGGUGGACUGUAGCAAACGUUGCUCAUCUAUCCGUCACACAUCUAGGUGGACACGCCCACUUGUGAUGUCAGAAGAGGCAGAUUUUCAAACGGCUUGUAACGGCUAAGCACACUCACACCUGGUGGUAUAAUGCGUCACCUUUAAUGCUAUUCUUUGUGCAUUUUAAUUCAUUUCCGUUGAAUGGAGAAGAACUGUAAAUAUUCUCUCACUAGUGUUGAUAAACUAUUGUUGAGAAGCUGAGAAAAUUGUUGCUGUGAGAAAUGCAUUGUGUUUACGGGUUGGUGAAGUAAGAAAGCACGCAUCAGCUGAGCUUCCAAGCAAAAAAAGGCAGGGCCGUUUAUUUGUUUGGCACUGGAACAAUAAAGUACAUUCUUGGACUAUUA